GGGCUGGUGUUUGAUGCCCUGUACGGGAACCUGCUGAAGGUGGACUCCCACGGGAACCUGCUGGUCUGCGCCCAUGGCUUCCGCUUCCUCAAGGGGGCCGAAAUCCUCCACUAUUACCCCAACAAGUUCAUCCAGCGAGAUGACAUGAAGCGCUUCCACAUCCUCAACACCCUCUUCAACCUCACGGAGGCCCACCUCUAUGCCUGUCUUGUGGACUUCUUCACCAAUUGCUCCAGAUACGUCAAGUAAGAGGGAGAUGGUGGGUGGGGGCUUGGACCCAGUUUUGGCCAGACCUAUCCAUCCCCUCUGCAGGGCUGCCUGAAGGAGAAGACACUGGAGAACCUGGAGAAAUACGUGGUGAAGGAUCCCCGCGUGCCGCUGCUGCUGAGACGCAUGAAGGAGGUGGGGAAGGUCUUUCUGGCCACCAACAGUGACUACAACUACACUGAUGCCAUCAUGUCCUACCUGUUUGACUUCAGCAAUGGGGACAAGGCCGAGACCCCGCAGCGCCCCUGGCGAUCCUAUUUUGACCUCAUCGUGGUAGACACCCGCAAGCCGCUCUUCUUUGCUGAGGGCACCGUCCUGCGCCAAGUCAACACGGACACAGGGAAGCUGCGCAUCGGGACGUACACUGGCCCGCUCCAGCACUGCGCCGUCUACUCCGGUGGCUCCUCAGACAUGGUGUGUGACCUGCUGGGUGUGAAGGGCAAAGACAUCCUCUACAUGGGGGACCACAUCUUCGGGGACAUCCUCAAGUCCAAGAAACGUCAGGGCUGGCGCACCUUCCUGGUGGUGCCUGAGCUGGCCCGUGAGGAACAGGUCCGGACGGCGAAGAGCUGCGAGCUGUUUGAGGAGCUGCGGAGUCUGGACCUCUUUCUGGCAGAGCUGUACCAGCACUUGGACAGUGGCAGCAGCGAGCGCCCAGACAUCAGCUCCAUCAAGCGUCGGAUCCAGAAAGUCACGCACGAGAUGGACAUGUGCUACGGAAAGGUGGCCAGCCUCUUCCGCUGCGGCUCACGCCAGACGCUCUUUGCCAACCAGCUGAUGCGCUACGCAGACCUCUAUGCCGCCUCCUUCAUCAACUUCCUCUACUACCCCUUCAGCUACCUCUUCCGGGCACCCCCAGUCCUG